CGAGUCGUGCUCUGAGCGACAUCCUUAUCUUGCACUGUUCAGCUUGCAUCUGUGUCAUUCUAACCUUGUCACCCCACAGCUUUCAUCUUGAAUACCCCUGAAAGCUUGAUUGACCAUGGAUCAAGCUAGGCCCAAACCACUGCCUCCAGUUACUAUACACUUUUUAGGUACUUCAGCAGGUAGCGGUCCGACAUCAGGGCGGAACUGCUCUUCUCUCGCAGUCCAUUUUUCGAACGAGAUAUGGCUGUUUGACGCUGCCGACGGCUCUCUGAACAGACUAGUGCAGGUACCGCUCCGACCUACAAGCAUCACUCGAAUCUUCAUCACUCAUUUGCACGGGGACCACGUACUCGGUCUCGUCGCAAUCUUGGUAGCGGCUUUAUAUCCGCCCGAUGGGCCUUCAGUGACUGCUGGGUCUUCCAUACCUCAGGUACCCAAAGGUCGGCCCAAGGUCGAUAUCUAUGGUCCUCGUGGAGUGCGAAAACUCGUUCGAACCUCACUGGAAAUCACCCGCCCAUCCAUCAUCGAUUCUAAAGAGUGGUUCGCAGUUCAUGAACUGUUGUUGCCUACAGAAGAGUCGUCAGUCCCGACCAGCCAAGAUGAUCUGCUUGGCAACGAGGUCGCAGGACGCGACUUGUAUCCGGAUGAACAAGGCGUUUGGAGGUGUAUUGUCCCAGAGGGUUCUAGAAAUGCAGGGAAAGGCUGGGCAGUCCACGCCGGUCCGAUAGAGCAUCGUGUCCCUUCCCUAGGCUUCAUAUUACAAGAGCCCACACCUCGACUCCCUUUGGACACUGCCGCUCUGAUUCCACUUCUCCAGUCGAACGCCACCGCACUAGCAGAACAGGACCCCCCAAUACGCCACCCUCUCAGUCUGCUUUCCUAUCUCACUUCUGUCCCUCCACCACAACCCUUCAGUCUCCCCUCCGGCGAGAUACUUCAUCCUCCAGACCCGUCCGGCGUAUCUCCACGGAAGAUUGUCAUCUUUGGAGACUGUACAGGCGGUACGAAGAACGCGGCUUUCCGCGAAAUGUGCCAUGAACCGAGUCUCCUCAUUCAUGAAUGUACGAGGGCUGCUGUACCUGAUUAUAUUCAACCUAGCAAGAAGAUGAAAGGUGUAGGAUCAGACAGGGAUGCUCUGAGGAGCUUGGAGGUAGAUAAGCGUCGGCACGCCCAGGAGAAGGCCUUGCUUAGGGGUCACUCAUCACCGAUAGAAGUCGGCGAGUUUGCUCGCGAGAUUCAACCAAAGCGAUUGAUCCUGAAUCAUUUCUCUGUCAUGCUCAAAUCCCCACAUUACGCCUCGACUCAGCCUUUUCCACCCAUUCUCUCCCCGCAAGCUUCCGCAAAGCAAUCCGGCGACAGUGCUGGCCCAACACGCACAGCUGAGGAGCAGCUCACAGCUACGGAACUCCAAGCUCGCUUGUCAAUGCAAUCUAUCGCUGAUCAAGUCGGCGAGGUGUGGCUGGAUCAGGAGCAAGCCGGACUGUCAGGAUCAGCCACCGGCCUUGCGGAGACUGCUACGCAGAUGAUCGUCCCUGCCCGUGACUUUAUGGCGAUAACAUUUGGGUCUCACGAACUUUCGCAUGCCGAAUCUGAGCAGAUCCAGACCCAUAUGGCUGAUGUGGCUUCCGUGAUGCGUCAAUGGAAGGACGAGGGCAGGAUAAAACUUGGUCGAGGAGCUGACGAGCGAUGGUUGACUCGCUGAGAUCAAAACUCGUGCUCAUGCAUGACUUGGCAGAGCAUAUCGCGACCAAGAUUCAGUCUCCAUCACCUCUUCUCCGUUUGGUGAUCUGCUCUUCUUUGACUGAGGUUGUGGUCUUGCUCU